CUGAAUAUGCAAUUUGGCACAGACUUGUUGGAGACAGCGAAAAAAAACACACACACUGUUUCGUUAAAAAAACCCUUCUUUCCGAGUUUUAGAAUUGGGUUUCUCUCUUUCUCUCUCCGAAUCGCAUCGAACCAGCAAUUAGUAUAGUUUCAUUCCAUCUUUGUCUCUAUCAGAAUCAAUUCCUCUGCCUUUUCACACUUCAAUUCUCUAACCCUGACUGAUCUUCGAUGAAUACAAGAGAGAGACACGACCUUACCCAUUAAUAAAGAUGCUUUCUUGGUACUAUUUCUCUAGUUUCUCAAGUUAGUUCUUUGAUUUGUACGAUUAGGGUUUUGAUUCCCAAAUGGGUUCAGUGAAUAACAAUGGUGUUGACAAUUUGAUAUCUGCUAGCAAGUCAUUAAAGUCUAUUUUACAGAAAUCGAAAUCCCUAGGGUUAGCUCUUGAUCAAGCUGGGACUAGAUUGGAUAAGAUUAACCAUAGAUUACCAUCUCUAGCAUCCGCAGUUCGACCAAUCCGAGCGCCAAGGGAAGCCCUUGUUGCUGUUGGGGGUCACAUUAACCGUGCUGUGGUCCCUGGGGCCGCUGUUCUUAAGGUAUUCGAUGCCAUUCAUGGGCUUGAAAAGUCGCUCUCAGAUCCCCAAUUUGAUCUUCCAGGUUAUCUCUCUGUGCUUAAACGGCUCAAAGAGGCGUUGAGGUUUUUAGGCGAUAAUUGUGGGAUGGCAAUUCAGUGGUUAGAUGAUAUUGUUGAGUACUUGGAGGACAAUAAGGUUGCUGAUGAUGGGUAUAUUUUAAAUUUGAAAAAGGCGCUCAAGAAUCUCCACCAAUUGCAGGAUGAGGAAAGGGGUUGCCUUGAUGGAGGGCUUCUUGGAGCGGCGCUGGAUAGAUUGGAAAAUGAGUUUAGGCGGCUCUUGACGGAGAACAGUGUUCCAUUGCCGAUGUCAGCGUCAUCGGCUUCACUAGGUGAACAAGCCUGCAUAGCACCGUCCCUGUUACCCGUGGCUGUGAUUCAUAAGUUACAGGCUAUUCUUGGGAGAUUAAUUGCUAAUAAUAGGCUCGAUAAUUGCAUAUCUAUCUAUGUUGAAGUUCGCAGUUCGAAUGUUAGGGCAAGUUUGAAUGCACUCAAUUUGGAUUACCUUGAGAUGUCAAUCUCUGAAUUCAAUGAUGUUCAGAGCAUGGAAGGGUAUAUAGCUCAAUGGGGUAAGCAUUUAGAGUUUGCGGUGAAGCACCUUUUUGAAGCCGAGUACAAACUUUGUAAUGAUGUAUUUGAGAAGAUGGGAUUGGAUGUGUGGAUCGGUUGCUUUGCUAAGAUAGCUGCCCAGGCAGGUAUUCUUGCAUUCCUUCAAUUUGGGAAAACUGUUACAGAGAGUAAGAAAGAUCCCAUCAAGCUACUGAAACUGUUGGAUAUAUUUGCAUCUUUGAACAAACUUAGAUUGGAUUUUAACCGCCUUUUUGGUGGGACAGCUUGUGCUGAAAUCCAAAAUUUGACGAGGGAUCUCAUCAAGAGUGUGAUCGAAGGGGCUUGUGAAAUCUUCUGGGAACUUUCGUUGCAAGUUGAAUUGCAGAGACAAACACCACCUCCUUCAGAUGGCAGUGUUCCAAGACUGGUGAGCUUUAUCACCAAUUACUGUAAUAAGCUACUUGGGGAAGAUUAUAAGCCACUCUUGACUCAAGCUCUGGUCAUUCACCGGAGUUGGAAGCAUGAGAAAUUCCAAGAGAGGCUCGUUAUUGAUGAAGUAUUGAAUAUAGUUAAAGCCAUUGAGACGAAUCUAGAGACAUGGGCAAAGGCUUACGACGAUGUUGUAUUAUCGCAUGUUUUUUUGAUGAACAAUCACUGGCAUCUGUACAAACAUUUGAAAGGAACGAAGCUUGGGAGUCUGUUGGGUGAUUCUUGGUUAAGAGAACAUGAACAGUACAAGGAGUACUAUUCUGCUUUCUACUUGAGAGACAGUUGGGGAAAACUUCCCUCCCUUCUAAGCCGAGAGGGUCUGAUCCUGUUCUCAGGUGGGCGUGCUACUGCUCGCGAUCUUGUGAAGAAAAGGCUUAAAGCUUUCAACGAAGCUUUCGAUGAAAUGUAUAAAAAGCAGUCGAAUUGGGUUGUGGUGGAGAAAGAUCUGAGGGAUAAGGUAUGCCAGCUUAUUGCGCAGGCUAUUGUGCCUGUUUACCGGAGCUAUAUGCAGAAUUACGGGCCAUUGGUUGAACAAGAUGCGAGUGGAAGCAAGUAUGCAAAGUACACAGCGCAGUCUUUGGAGAAAAUGCUUAGCUCUCUUUUUCAGCUGAAGCCGGUGAAAUUUGGUAGUUUCAAAGUCAGACAGGCUAGUGGGAAAUUCAGCAAUGGGGUUACAGAUCAAAAUGAUUCCUCCCCUACUGUUACAUGACUGACCAAUUCGUUAUCAGUUGGUUGUCUUGUGUAUAUUGACUAUGUAUUUAUUGGAUUUGGAGAAUUUUCUUUAUGACACGGAAUUCUGAUGUUUGGCUGGACUUGGUGAUGAACUGGGUACCACCUCUAUACUUCCCAGAUUGUUUAUUUGGGGCUUGGAUACUGCAAGAGCAUCAGAUACAAUGAUUCAGGUUAGUAUGGAAACCUAUAGCUAGUCAUUUUAAUUUGUAUUCACUCAUUGAUUCAGUUGCUAGGUAUAAGAUACAAUGAUUCAGGUUAGUACGGAAACCUAUAGCUAGUCAUUUUAAUUUGUAUUCACUCAUUGAUUCAGUUGCUAGGUAUAAAUCCAGUGUAGUGGCCAGUUUUCAUGUAGAAUUAGUUAUACGCUGUAGAUGUGAGUCUAGAGUUCUAGUGAUGGUUUAAUUGUUCAGUCUCUUCAUAAUUUGGAAAAAAAGAAGGUAGAAAUGCUUCACAAUUAUGACUUGCUUCUUGUUUAUGUUAUUUGAUGGCUACAUUUGUUGGAAAUUUAAAAUGUAUAAGAGCCAUCUAUGUUAGCAGAGGGAUAUUGAAAAUAAAGUUCACUCCGUUCUCUUUA